AUGAUUCGACCUUGGGUCCUCCUUAACUGCAGCGCUGAGGAUGUUCCCUCUUCCUUUGCCGAGAAAAUGUCAUUUGAACACCUCCUACUUCCGCUCUCCCUCAUCCCAGCCGCAAUCCCUCGUGCUUUCGCGCCGCUGCCUCCGUCGCCGGGGGCGCGCCGCGAUGUCGUCAUAUCGCGCGCGCCUGCGUUGAAGAUGGCGGCGGCCGUGUCCGCUGCAGCGGCGGCGCGGUGGCUGUGGCGCUCAGGGCGGGCCUGGCGGUGGCGGGGCCGCCUUUACUCGUCGCCCGGCCCGCGGAGGCUUCUGCCGCCGCCGCGUCCUCCUCCCUCUGCGGCGGGGCCUUGGGGCUUGUGGGCGGCCCCAGCGGCAGGAGCGCCCCGGCCUCAGCGUCUCCUCUCCGCUCAGCGCGGCGGCCCCGGGGGCUCCUCCAGCAGCGGCGAGAACGGCCUAGUGGACGACUCUGAGGGUGGCGGCGGAGGAGGAGGUCUCCCCGGCGACGGCUCGGGCUCGGACUCUGGCGGAGCGCCGGUGGUGACGGCCCUGGCGCCGCUCAUGGUCCCCGAGCGGGUCCCCCACGUGCCCCUCGUCGCCGUCGCCAGGAACCCCGUGUUCCCCCGGUUCAUCAAGAUCAUCGAGGUGAAGAACAGGAAGCUGGUGGAGCUGUUAAGGAGGAAAGUCAGCCUUGCCCAGCCAUAUGCCGGGGUCUUUCUCAAGAAGGAUGACAACAACGAAUCGGAUGUGGUGGAGAACCUGAAUGAAAUCUACCAGACAGGGACUUUCGUCCAGAUUCACGAAAUGCAGGACCUUGGUGACCGGCUGCGGAUGAUUGUCAUGGGGCACCGGAGGAUUCGGAUCAACAAGCAGCUGGAGGUGGAGCCGGAGGAGCCGGAGACCAAGCAGAAAGCCCGCCGGAAGCAGAAGCGGCCCAAGAGGGAGGCGGGUGAGCAGCUGGAGGCUGUGGGCCAGGCAGGCGAGGUGGUGCUGGAGCCCCUGGAGGCCUCCCCGGGCGAGGUGCUCAUGGUGGAAGUGGACAACGUGGCCCACGAAGAGUUCCAGGUCACAGAGGAGGUCAAAGCUCUGACAGCAGAAAUUGUCAAGACGAUCCGAGACAUCAUUGCCUUGAACCCCCUUUACAGAGAGUCCGUGCUUCAGAUGAUGCAGGCAGGGCAGAGAGUGGUCGACAACCCCAUUUACCUGAGCGACAUGGGGGCGGCGCUGACGGGGGCCGAGUCGCACGAGCUGCAGGACAUCCUAGAAGAGACGAACAUUCCCAAGCGCCUCUACAAAGCCCUGUCUCUUCUCAAGAAAGAAUACGAACUCAGCAAACUCCAGCAGCGGCUCGGGCGGGAGGUCGAGGAGAAAAUCAAGCAGACGCACCGGAAGUAUCUCCUGCAGGAGCAGCUGAAGAUCAUCAAGAAGGAACUUGGCCUGGAGAAGGAGGACAAAGACGCCAUUGAGGAGAAGUUCCGGGAGCGCCUGAAGGAGCUGGUGGUCCCCAAACAUGUCAUGGAGGUGAUCGAUGAGGAGCUGAACAAGCUGGGACUCCUGGACAACCACUCCUCGGAGUUCAGUGUCACUCGUAACUACCUGGACUGGCUGACAUCCAUCCCUUGGGGGAAGUGCAGCGAGGAGAACCUGGAGUUGGCCAGAGCCCAGGCAGUCCUAGAGGAGGAUCACUAUGGCAUGGAGGAUGUCAAAAAGAGAGUGCUGGAGUUCAUUGCCGUCAGCCAGCUGCGAGGGUCCACCCAAGGCAAGAUCCUUUGCUUCUAUGGUCCCCCGGGGGUGGGGAAGACGAGUAUUGCGCGCUCCAUCGCCCGGGCCUUGAACCGGCAAUAUUUCCGCUUCAGUGUCGGUGGGAUGACUGACGUGGCAGAAAUCAAAGGACACAGGCGGACGUACGUUGGAGCCAUGCCGGGAAAAAUAAUCCAGUGCCUGAAGAAAACCAAGACGGAAAACCCCCUGAUCUUGAUUGACGAGGUGGACAAGAUAGGGCGUGGCUACCAAGGGGAUCCCUCCUCAGCGCUCCUGGAGCUUCUCGACCCGGAGCAGAAUGCCAAUUUCUUGGAUCACUACCUCGACGUGCCAGUGGAUCUCUCCAAGGUGCUCUUCAUUUGUACAGCCAACGUGACGGAAACGAUCCCGGAGCCCCUGCGGGACAGGAUGGAGAUGAUCAACAUUUCAGGAUAUGUUGCCCAGGAAAAGUUGGCGAUAGCUGAGCGGUACUUGGUUCCUCAGGCCCGUGUCCUGUGUGGGCUGGAUGAGGUCAAAGCCAGCAUCACCCCCGAAGUGCUGACCGUCCUCAUUAAGCAGUACUGCCGGGAAAGCGGCGUGAGGAAUCUUCAAAAGCAAGUGGAGAAGGUGCUUCGGAAAUCCGCAUACAAGAUUGUUAGCGGGGAAGCAGAGAAAGUCGAGGUGACCCCCGAGAACCUUCAAGACUUUGUUGGGAAGCCCAUAUUUACGGUGGAUCGGAUGUAUGAUGUGACUCCCCCCGGAGUGGUGAUGGGCCUCGCUUGGACUGCCAUGGGCGGCUCCACAUUGUUCAUUGAGACAUCUCUCCGGCGUCCCAAAGACCGAGAGAGCAAGGAUGGCUCCCUGGAGGUCACGGGCCAGCUGGGAGACGUGAUGAAGGAGAGCGCCAAGAUUGCCUACACCUUCGCCCAGGCCUUCCUGAUGCAGAGGGUGCCCGGAAACGACUUCUUGGUCACCUCCCACCUCCACCUCCACGUGCCGGAGGGCGCCACCCCGAAGGACGGGCCCAGCGCAGGCUGCACAAUUGUGACGGCCUUGCUGUCCUUGGCAAUGAAUCGGCCUGUGAGGCAGAACGUGGCCAUGACGGGGGAGGUGUCGCUGACGGGGAAGAUCCUCCCGGUCGGGGGCAUCAAGGAGAAGACCAUUGCGGCCAAGAGAGCCGGUGUCUCAUGCAUGAUCCUCCCGUUGGAAAACAAGAAAGAUUUCUGCGACCUUGCAGAGUUCAUCACAGAAGGACUCGAAGUACAUUUUGUUGAGCACUAUGAUGACAUCUUCGAUAUAGUUUUCCCAAAGCUUGAUUCCCCGGGAGGGUGAGCUGCUUCUGUUGCUCCUCAGUGCUCCUUCUGACGGCGGUGGUUUUUGGCCGGCCUUGUCUCCACACCCUCGCUCCGGUCCAGAUCCAGGAAAGGUGGGCUCAACAGAGGGUAGACUCUGGUUCUGCUAUGGACUAGCCUGGCCCCAAUUAUGCAUUGCUGUGAAACAUACUCCACACCAAAUUAUUUGAAUUACGAACCAAUUAAAAGCCAGGUGAAAAGGCA